AAGCUGGAAAUAAGGGGUAGGUGAGUAUCAGAAGGUUUUUAAACCACAUUUAAUUAUUUUACGGCAUCUUGAUUAAUUUAUUGCGCUUAUUCUAGAAUUACUAUUAAUAAAAAUGUAUCGUGAUGAAUUUCCUAUUCGAAUUCUCCGCAUCGUAGCGCUCAAUCAGGGUAUUGAACGGGAACGUCGAAGGGCUAAAUUAUUCCACAAGGAAAAGGAAAGCUCCUUUAUGGAUUCCUCCCAAAGAAAAUCAUCCAUAAAUAUUCAAGAAUACCAUAGUUCAAAAUAUCCAGGAAGGAACAAUAUGGAUGAUUGUCAUAAAGAAGACGUUAAAAAGGAAGGGGUUUGUCGUCGUCUGCAUGAGUAUUUCGCUUGCAGGGAAGAGGAAGCACGGCGGUGGGCAGAAGGUAUCGGAAGCCUCAAGAGUCUUCCUUCCUUUUCUUCAUUUAACAAUAGCAAUCAUACUAUUCACAAAAAGAAGAGCAAAAAUAAGAAAUACAAUUCCUUUAAUAGUUUUAACACCGCUCGAAAUGUUCAUAACGAGAUUGUCACACCUCUCAACGAGGCAAAAGUAAUUAUGGAAAAGCCACAUUCCGCGUCAUUACCAUGGCCAAACAAUAAUCACUUCCUCAAGUGUAAUAAAGGAAAAGGUUAUUCUGGUGCUUCUUCUACUGAGGAAAAAGAAAAGUAUAAAAAAGAGUUAUUGUUAUUAGAAAAAGGCAACAUUCAACUUCGUAUGAUGGGUACAGGAAACAAGAGCAAUGAGGCUAUGGAGUUUUCUUCUCUAUCUUUUGAAGAACUUUCGAAGCAUUUGAGCAGCCGUCAUCUUUCUCGUUACCGUCGCUUACAUCACGUUUUAAAUCAUUCUAAUUGUAGUCAGCUUCGUAAUUUAUGGGAGCGUAGCCUUCCUGUUUUUGCGAUGUCGGAUACGGCGCCACAGGUGAUGGAUUUAGAUCUACAGCAAAGCUCUUCUCGUGUAGCACGUUGCACCGAAGAUAAAGGUGUAGUAGUGAUUUAAUAAAAAUAUUUUAAAACGAAUAAAGAGCAAAGAUGAAUGAAGAAACACCUUGCGUGCGAUUCUCUGUACAAAGCGAUUAGUUCCCUUAUUAUUUAGGUGCUUAUGGAUUCCUCUGUUUCUGUUAUAUUUGUACUCUCUAUAUUUGUAUUUGUACUUUAUUAUAAUUUAGCUUGUUUUGAAUUGUUUUAUGUCAUUCUUAUUAUCCAUUCAUUUACCGUGUAAA